UCAUGCUUCCUUGUAACAGUUCAAUUCCCAGCUAGCACGCUUUAUACACACCCACACACAUCGAAUACACAACGGCACUUGACUCGCGGGCUUACUUUAUUUUGAAACACGUCGCUUAAAUGCGUGUUAUUGUCUUUUCGGGGGUACGCGGACUCCGAUACAUUCUAAAUACGCGCCUUCGCGUUACGACUUGUACACCAAAGCAUGUUUCGAAGCUCGCUGAAAAGAAUGUCAACGGCUUGGAUUUAUAAAAACUCUGACAAGUGUUAAUUAUAUAUUUGUAUAUUACAAUAGCCGCGUCUGUGCUGCAGAGUGAAAAUCAAAUUGAAAUUGAAUCGAAAGAACUGCGGUUCAGUAGUGAAAACGUUUGCAAGUCAUAUAAGGGACACUUGGGAGAUUGAAGAGGUUACGAGACAUUCUACGCGACUCGAGACAAAUCUCGAAGCGUCAAGAUGCCAAAGCUCAAGCAGCCGGAACCCCUGAAGGAACUGGUAUUCGAGUUCAUCGUUAAUCACUGCGCGAAUUAUUGCCACCAGCUGAGCCUCAGGGGGAAUUUCGGGAAACUACGUCGGACCAUUAAUGAGAUUAAAAUUGAAUUGUUUCGAUGGAUGCCACGGGUCCUUCGCCAGCGUGCAGCCUUCUGCACCAGUUUUAUUACGAAAUUUUUGAGUUUAGGCUACGAUGUGAUGUCUUCGGGUGGUCUCGUUCGCCCGACGUCGCACAACAAAGCAGCGGUUGAGAUAAUGAUGGACGUAGAAAUACCUGGACUGCGAUGUACAGACCAGCACCUCGGACACCUCAAGGUCCGUGAUUACCACAGAUUUCAGACUAUAAACACAUUGGAUAUGCGCAAUCCGCGUUUGGGAUACCGACUUCAUGAUAUCCUGAUCCGUUUUCGCCUAGACCACUUGACUCAACUCGUGUUGGUAGGCUGGUGCAAUAACCGGGCACUCGAGGUCAUUGGAAGCCGUUGCAGGAAUCUGCGAUUAUUGAACAUUUCGAAUUCACAAAGGGUCGGUGACGCGGGAUUGCUAGCUCUGCUGCCGUGCACCGACUUGCGCAAUAUUGAUUUUCGUGCCUGUGCUACAAGAAUAACGUACGAUACCGUAAACACGCUGCUGUCAAGUUUCACGAAACUAGAGCAGUUCAAUACGAUCAAUCACGACUACUAUCCGGGGCUAGAUCAAACCAAAGCAUUCGACCCGUGUAAGCGUGAACGGACGUUGGUCUGUCCGUCGAUGGACCGCUACUGUUUCAGAGGGACGGUUUACAAUUCAGAUCUAGACGCCGUCGUGACACUUUUUCCAAAUUUGACUCGUGUCCAGUUUUGCUGUAACAUGGUUGGUGAUUACCAGAGAUUGCAAAAUCUCCACAGCCUCGAGGAGCUCAGUUUCUGGGGCGAAGUUUCCAUAGUACCUCAUCUCUGGCAACUGUUAACGAUCAUCGGCGAAAAUAUUACUGUAUUAAACUUACAUAUGCCUAAUGGAAUACCCGGUCAUUUCACACAGAGUGAAGUGAACUUCGUUCGUGACUGCUGCAAAAAUAUCCAGGACUUAUCAUUCAGUUUCAUGUCCAGAAUAGACAUGGACAAAUUGCUGAUAGGGCCUUUCAUGAAAUUGAAAAAACUGGUGAUAGUACAUCGCCACAUGCGGACCGCGACGAUUGAAUUUCAAGAAAUGCCAGAGCUCGAAGAUCUUUCACUCAUGUACUUUGAUCCGAUUGUAGAUAUUGUAUCAUCCAUGAUGUUCGAUAAUACAAGGUUUGGAAAUUUGAAAAGGAUUAAGUACCCGAUCUUGGAUGCCACGGAUCAUCAGUUAUUGCAUCACUUAAAUCUAAUCGCGAAAGAGAGGAAUCUCGAUAUUUCAGUAGUAUUUGUUGGUGGUAAAUCCUUGUAGAUAUUGGUUUGCCAUUCCAUUUCGGUAAAUCGUACUUUUUCUCCGAUGCUGAAUAUCGGGGAUGCGCGGGUAGCCCCGGGCACUCGAAAUAUGCAACAAUAGAGACGAAAAUUUAAGCAAAGCGACAUGCUGCCUAUAUUUUUCAAUCA